UGUGUGUGUGGGAAGUGAAGGUGAAGUCAGCGAGUGUCUCUCUCUUCCCCUGAUCCAGCGCAAGAGGAAGAUGAAGGGCAAAAGUGCGGCACCCGCUCCUCAAAGGGAGGAAGAGGACACCCCUCCGCUGCUGGCUGCGCCGGCUCAGGGGAAGCUUCCUUCGGCGCUGAGGAAGAGGAGCAAACGCACGCUCCGGGUGGUCAUAGCCUCGGAGGCGACAUCGUCACACACCGCACCACAGGACGAGAUGGAGCAGCCCAGGAGGAGAGCACUAGAGCGCUCGGCGUCGGAGGAGAGCCACAGCGAGCUCAGCAGCUCUCCGAGUCCCGGUGACACGCUGCCCUGGAACCUGGCCAAGCACCAGCGCGUCAAACGCUCCAAGUCCGCCUCCGGGGACGUGUUGGACCCGGCCGACCGGGCCGUCAUUCGCAUCGCAGAUGAACGGGAUCGGGUUCAGAAAAAGACCUUCACCAAAUGGGUGAACAAGCACUUAUUGAAGGCCCAGAGGCACAUUACAGACCUGUACGAGGACCUCAGAGAUGGCCACAACCUCAUCUCCCUGCUGGAGGUGCUCUCGGGCGAGACACUGCCCAGAGAGAAAGGGCGCAUGCGCUUCCACAAACUCCAGAAUGUACAGAUCGCUCUGGACUUCCUCAAACACAGACAGGUCAAGCUGGUCAACAUCAGGAAUGAUGACAUUGCAGAUGGGAACCCCAAGCUGACAUUAGGACUGAUAUGGACAAUCAUUCUCCACUUCCAGAUCUCCGACAUCCAGGUGAACGGCCAGUCGGACGACAUGACGGCGAAGGAGAAGCUGCUGCUGUGGUCCCAGCGCAUGUCGGAGGGCUACCACGGCAUGCGCUGCGACAACUUCACCACCAGCUGGAGGGACGGGAAGCUCUUCAACGCCAUCAUCCACAAACACAGGCCAGCAAUGAUUGACAUGGGAAAGGUGUACAGACAGACUAAUCUGGAGAACCUGGAGCAGGCGUUCAGUGUCGGCGAGCGAGAGCUGGGCGUCACCCGUCUACUCGACCCUGAAGAUGUGGACGUACCGCACCCAGAUGAGAAGUCCAUCAUCACCUACGUUUCCUCUAUGUAUGACGUCAUGCCCAGGGUACCCGAUGUCCAAGAUGGCGUCAAAGCCAACGAGCUGGAGCUGCGCUGGCAGGAGUACUAUGAGCUGGUCACCAUGCUGCUCCAGUGGAUGAGGCAUCACAUCAUCGUGUUCGAAGAGAGGAAGUUCCCCACAAGCUACGAUGAAAUAGACGUUCUCUGGCGUCAGUUCCUCAAGUUCAAGGAGACUGAGCUGCCAGCGAAGGAGGCUGACAAGAACCGUUCCAAACACAUCUUCAGAUCCUUUGAGGGCGCUGUUCAGGCAGGUCAGAUCAAGGUUCCCUCCAACUACCACCCCUUUGACGUGGAGAAGGAAUGGGGUCGGCUGCACGUCGCCAUUCUGGAGAGAGAGCGCCUGCUGAGGACGGAGUUUGAAAGGAUGGAGCGCCUCCAGAGGAUCGUCAGUAAAGUGCAGAUGGAGUCGGGCGUCUGUGAGGAGCAGCUCAACCAGGUGGAGACCCUGCUGCAGACGGACGUGCGAAUGCUGAACGCAGGUAAACCAGCCCAGCACACAGGAGAGGUGGAGGCGGACCUGGACAAAGCGGAGGGCAUGAUUCGCCUGCUGUUCAAUGACGUGCAGCUGCUCAAAGAUGGACGCCACUUACAAGCUGAGCAGAUGUACAGAAGGGUGUACCGUCUUCACGAGCGUCUGGUGAACGUGCGCAGCGAGUACAACCUGCGUCUGAAGUCUGGUGUGACCCUCAACCAAGUGCCCAUGUCCCAGAUGGCCCAGGCGCCCAUGUCUCAGAUGUCGAUGUCUCAGGUGUCCAUGCAGCAGCAGUCUGUGUCGCGCGUGCGGCCCGAGCUGGACGAGGUGACGCUGCGCUACGUCCAGGACCUGCUGGCCUGGGUGGAGGAGAACCAGCGGCGGAUCGACGGGGCCGAGUGGGGCGCCGACCUGCCCUCCGUGGACUCCCAGCUGGGCAGCCACCGCGGCCUGCACCAGUCCGUCGAGGACUUCCGGUCCAAGAUCGACCGCGCCCGGGCAGACGAGAGUCAGCUGACCCCCGUCAGUAAAGGAGCGUACAGAGAGUACUUGGGCAAACUGGACCUGCAGUACGCCAAGCUCCUGAACUCCAGCAAAGCCCGUCUGCGCAGUCUGGACCAGCUCCAGGCCUUCGUGAGCGCCGCCACCAAGGAGCUGAUGUGGCUCAACGAGAAAGAGGAAGAGGAGGUCAACUACGACUGGAGCGACCGCAACUCCAACAUGGCCGCCAAGAAGGACAACUACUCAGGUCUGAUGCGUGAGCUGGAGCACAGGGAGAGGCAGGUGAACACGGUUCAGGCCACGGGAGAUAAGCUGCUGAAGGAAGGCCAUCCCGGCAGAAACACCAUCGAGGCCUUCACUGCAGCUCUUCAGACUCAGUGGAGCUGGAUCCUUCAGCUGUGCUGCUGUAUCGAGACACAUGUGAAAGAAAACACUGCCUACUACCAGUUCUUUAACGACGUGAAAGAGGCCAACGACCAAAUGAAGAAGAUCCACGACACGAUGAAGAGGAAGUACGUGUGUGACCGCUCCAUCACCGUGACCAGGCUCGAGGACCUGCUGCAGGACUCAGCGGACGAGAAGGAGCAACUGAAUGAGUUUAAGACUCACCUGGACGGUCUGAACAGACGUGCCAAGACCAUUACCCAACUCAAGCCCCGUAACCCUGGCAACCCUGUCAAGGCCAAACAGCCCCUGCAGGCCGUGUGUGACUUCAAACAGAUGGAGAUCACGGUGCACAGGGGCGAUGACUGCACGCUGCUCAAUAACUCCCAGCCCUACAAGUGGAAGGUGCGGAACCCCAAAGGAGGCGAAGCCACCAUGCCCUCCGUCUGCUUCCUGGUCCCGCCCACCAACAAGGAGGCGGUGGAGAGCGUCACCGAGCUGGACGGCGGUCUGAAGAAGAUGUUUGUGCUGUGGCAGAGGCUCCACGUUGACAUGAAGAGCCUCCUGUCGUGGCAGUACCUCAUGAGGGACAUCCAGCACAUCAGCUCCUGGAACUUCUUCAUGUUUAAGACUCUGAAGGUUGAAGAGUACCGGCUGGCCCUGAAGAACCUGGAGCUGCACUACCAGAACUUCAUGAAGGACAGCCCGGACUCGGAGAUGUUCGGCGCCGACGACCGCCUGCAGGCGGAGAACGGGUUCCAGUCGGCCCGGCAGCACUACGACGUCCUAGUGCAGUCUUUGGAGCAAGGAGAGCAAGAUGAAACUCUGUGUAAGACCUACAUGAGUCAGAUCCGAGACCUGCGGCUGCGGCUGGAGAGCUGUGAGAACCGCACCGUCAGCCGCCUCAGGCACCCAGUGGACAAGGAGCCGCUCCAGGCCUGCGCCCAGAGGGCCUCCGACCAGAAGCAAGUGCAGAUCGAGCUGGAGAGCAUCAAGAAAGACCUGGGGAAGGUGGCCACGCAGACGGAGAGUGUGCUGGCGUCGCCUCAGGCCUCGGGCUCCAUGCCUCUCCUGCGCUCCGAGCUGGACGCCACCCUCAAGAAGAUGGACCACGUCUACAGCCUGUCCUCUGUCUACAUCGACAAGUUGAAGACCAUCGAUGUGGUGAUCCGCAGCACACAGGAAGCUGAGGAGGGGCUCAAGAAGUUUGAGGGCCAGCUGCGUAACGUCAACAAGGUUCCUGCUGAGGAGAAGGAAGUGAAGGCUCACCUCAGCCAGCUCAAGGAACUGUGCGAGGACGCCGAUAAAGAGCAGGCCACGUUCGAGCGCUUGGACCAGGAGCUCCAGAAGGCGGCGGCGGUGCACGACCGCAUGAGGAGCGUCCACAGCGAGCGCGACGCCGAGCUGGAGCACUACCGCUCGCUCAUCACCAACAUGCAGGAGCGCUGGCAGGCCGUGUCCGCCCAGAUCGACCUGCGCCAACGCGAGCUGGACAACCUGGCCCGCCAGAUGAAGCUGUACAGAGAGAGCUACGACUGGCUCAUCACCUGGGCGGCCGACGCCAAGCAGAGGCAGGAGAAGAGCUGUGCAGCUCCCAUCAGGGGAGCCUCAAUGCUCAAGGACCAGCUGGCUCAGGAGAAGAAACUCCUGCAGGAGAUUGAGAAAAACAAAGAUAAAGUGGACGAGUGUCAGAAAUAUGCCAAGUCUUACAUCGACGCCGUGAAGGACUAUGAGCUUCAGCUGGUCACCUACAAAGCCCUGGGUGAACCACUGGCCUCUCCCGCCAAGAAAUCCAAAAUGGACUCCGUGUCCGAUAACAUCAUUCAGGAGUAUGUCAACCUGAGAACUCGUUACAGCGAACUGCUCACCCUCAUGAGCCAGUACAUCAUCUUCAUCACGGACACACAGCGCCGCCUAGAGGACGAGGAGAAAACUGCUGAAAAGGUCAAAGCAGAGGAGCAGAAAAAGAUGGCGGAGAUGCAGGCAGAGUUAGAUAAACAGAGGCAGUUAGCCGAGACUCACGCCAAGGCCAUCGCCAAGGCCGAGAAGGAGGCCGAGGAGCUCAAACUCAAAAUGAAAACGGAGGUCAGCAGGAGGCAGGUGGUGUCUGUGGACGCCGAGAAACAGAAGCAGAACAUCCAGCAGGAGCUGCACCAGCUCAAAAGCCUCUCGGAGCAGGAGAUCAAAACCAAGGCCGAGCAAGUGGAGGAGGCCCUUCAGAGUCGAAUCAAGGUCGAGGAGGAGAUCCACAUCAUCCGCCUGCAGCUGGAGACCACCGUGAAGCAGAAGUCCACGGCCGAAGCUGAACUCCAGCAGCUGAGAGACAGAGCGGCGGAGGCGGACAGGCUGAGGAAAGCGGCGCAGGAGGAAGCUGAGAAACUCCGCGCUCAGGUGGCCGAGGAGACGCAGCGGAAACGCAAGGCGGAGGAGGAGCUGAAGAAGAAAGCCGAGGCAGAGAAAGAAGCGGCCAAGCAGAAGCAGAAAGCUCUAGAGGACCUGGAGAAGUACAAGCUUCAGGCCGAGGAGGCGGAGCGGUGCCUCAAACAGGCCGAGCUGGAGAAGCAGCGGCAGAUCAAAGUCGUCGAGGAAGUCGCCGUGAAAAGCGCGGCGGCGGAACUCCAGAGCAAACGUCUGUCAUUGGUCGAGAAAACGUCCAAGCUGGAGGAGUCACUCAAGCACGAGCAGGACGCGGUCCUCCAGCUGCAGGGAGAAGCGGAAGGUCUCAAGAGGCAGCAGGCGGAGGCGUCCAAAGCCAGAGGAGAGGCGGAGACGGAGCUGGAGAAGUGGAGGCAGAAGGCCAACGAGGCCCUCAGGCUGCGGCUCCAGGCGGAGGAGGAGGCCCAGAAGAAGAGCCUCGCCCAGCAGGAGGCCGAGAAGCAGAAAGAGGUGGCCGAGCGCGAGGCCAAGAAGAGAGCCAAGGCGGAGGAGGCUGCGCUGAAGCAGAAGGAAAUGGCGGAGAAAGAGCUGGAGAAGCAGAGGAAGCUGGCGGACGAUACCGCUCAGCAGAAGCUCUCCGCCGAGCAAGAGCUCAUCCGCCUCAGGGCCGAGUUUGACCACGCGGCGCAGCAGAGGGCCCUGCUGGACGCUGAACUCCAGCGGCUGAAGAACGAGGUCAAUGCUGCCGUAAACCAGAGGAAACAGCUGGAGGAGGAACUGGCCAAAGUUAGAGCCGAGAUGGACGUUCUCCUUCAGGCCAAGUCUACGGCUGAGAGGCAGUCCAUGACCACCACAGAGAAGAGCAAACAGCUGAUCGAGUCGGAGGCCGCCAAAAUGAGGGUCCUGGCUGAAGAAGCAACCAGGCUAAGAUCGGUGGCAGAGGAGGCCAAGAAACAAAGACAAGUCGCUGAGGACGAAGCAACUCGACAGAGAGCCGAAGCCGAGAAGAUCCUGAAAGAAAAGCUGGCCGCGAUAAACGAAGCCACGAGGCUGAAAACCGAAGCUGAGAUAGCUCUUAAGGAAAAAGAGGCUGAAAACGAACGUCUCAAGAGGAAAGCUGAAGACGAGGCAUAUCAGAGGAAGCUCCUGGAAGACCAAGCAGCCCAGCACAAGCAGGAUAUCGAUGAGAAGAUGAACCAGCUCAAGAAAGCCUCCGACACAGAGCUGGGGCGACAGAAGAAGAUUGUAGAGGAGACGGAGAAACACAGAAAGGUGGUGGAGGAGGAAAUCCGCAUCCUCAAACUGAGCUUCGAGACGGCCUCAAAAGGAAAGCUUGACCUUGACAAGGAGCUGAACAAACUCAAGGGCAUUGCAGAGGAGACCCAGAAGAGCAAAACAAAGGCAGAGCAAGAGGCGGAGAAAUUCCGAAAGCUCGCCCAAGAGGAAGAGAAGAAGAGGAAGGAGGCGGAGGAGAAGGUGAAAAGGAUCCAAGCAGCCGAGGAGGAGGCGGCCAGACAGCGCAAAGUCGCCCAGGAAGAGGUCGAACGCCUCAAACAGAAAGCCGGAGAGGCCAACAAGCAGAAGGAGGUGGCCGACAAAGAGGCAGAACAACACAUCGUCGCAGCCAAAGAAGCGGCCCUAAAAUGCUCUGCGGCUGAAAAGAAGGCUCAAGACAUCCUGGUGCAACAGAAGGAGGACAGUGCGGCACAAGCGAAGCUCAAGGAGGAGUUUGAGAAGGCAAAGAAGCUGGCCAAGGAAGCAGCCAUAGCCAAAGAAAAGGCAGAGAAAGAGGCAGCCCUUCUGCGGCAAAAAGCGGAAGAAGCUGAGCGUCAGAAGCAAGCGGCCGAAGCUGAGGCGGCCAAACAGACCAGGGCUCAGGAGGAUGCGGAGAAACAGAGGAAGGAAGCCCAGGAGGAAGCUGCCAAGAGGGCGGAAGCUGAAGCAGCCGCCCUGAAACAAAAACAGCAAGCUGACGCUGAGAUGGCCAAGCACAAACAACUGGCAGAGAAAACCCUCAAACAGAAGUCUCAGGUUGAGCAAGAACUCACAAAGGUUAAAGUUCAACUGGAUGAAACGGACAAGCAGAAAUCUGUCCUGGAUGGAGAGCUACAGAGGCUGAAGAAUGAAGUAGGUGACGCUAUGAAACAGAAAGCCCUGGUGGAAGAGGAACUCUCCAAAGUUAAGAAACAGAUGGAGGAGCUGGUUAAAUUAAAGCUCAGAAUUGAAGAGGAAAACAAACUCCUCGUCAAGAAAGACACCGAGACCACAAAGAAUCUUCUAGAAGAGGAGGCUGAGAACAUGAAGAAGCUGGCAGAGGACGCCGCAAGGCUCAGUGUCGCGGCUCAAGAAGCUGCAAGACUGAGAGAGGUUGCAGAGGCUGACCUUGCCCAGCAGAGGGAGCUGGCGGACAAAAUGCUCAAGGAAAAAAUGCUGGCCAUUCAGGAAGCCACGACACUCAAGGCAGAGGCAGAGAAGCUCCUGAAAGCCAAAGAUAAGGCUCAGGAGGAGGCUCAUAAACUCCUGCAGGACAAAAACCAGAUGCAGCAGAGGUUAGAGGUAGAGGCCGAAGGCUUCCAGAAGUCUCUAGAAGCUGAGCGUAAACGGCAACACGAGGCCACCGCUGAGGCUGAGAAGCUGAAGCUGCAGGUGACCCAGCUCAGCCAAGCCCAAGCCAAGGCGGAGAAGGAGGCCAAGAAGUACAAGACACAGGCCGACGACAUCCGCGCUCGCCUACAGGAGACCGAAAGACACACCUCUGAGAAAGUCACUGUCGUCGAGAAGCUUGAAGUUCAGAGACUGCAGAGCAAUAAAGAGGCAGACGACCUCCGUAAAGCUAUAGGGAAACUUGAGAAAGACAAGGACAAACUGAAAAAAGAGGUUGCAGAUGUACAAAUUAAGUCAAAAGAGAUGUCUGAUGCACAGCAAGAGCAGAUUAAGCAGGAAAAGACCCUUUUGCAAAAGACAUUCCUUACAGAGAAAGAAGGGCUGUUGAAGAAAGAGAAAGCCAUCGAAGAGGAGAAGAAGAAGCUGGAGAAACAGCUGGUGGAUGAAACGAAGAAGGCAACCGCCCUGAAAGAUGAGCAGGAACGCCAGAGGAAGCAGAUGGAGGAUGAGAAGAAGAAGCUGCAGGCUAGCAUGGACGCCGCUCUGAAGAAGCAGAAAGAUGCUGAGGAGGAGAUGCGCAACAAGCAGAAGGAGAUGCAGGAGCUGGAAAAGAAGAAGCUCGCGCAAGAGAAGCUCCUGGCCGAGGAGAACAAGAACCUUCGGGAGAAGCUCCAGCUGCUUGAAGGUGCACAGAAAUCACCGACAUCCCACACUAAAGAAAUCGAGAUUCAGACUGACAAGGUUCCUGAGAGUGAGGUGGUGACGAUGACCAUGGUGGGGGCAACAAAGAAAGUCCUCAAUGGCUCCUCAGAGGUGGACGGUGUGAAGAAGGAAGAACCCGCUCUGGCUUUCGAGGGAAUCCAAGGCAAGGUUCCUGCAAAGAGACUUCACGACGUCGGUGCACUGAGCAAAAAGGAAUUCGACAAGCUAAAGAAAGGAAAAACUACCGUACAAGAACUAAGCAAGGUCGACAAAGUUAAAAUGUGCCUGCAGGGCAAAGACAGCAUUGGUGGGUUGAUAGUAGAGCCAAAUCAGAAAAUGAGCAUCUAUCAAGCCCUGAAGGAGAAGAAAAUCACACCUGGCACGGCCAUUUUGCUUCUUGAAGCUCAAGCUGCGUCUGGGUUCAUCACGGACCCUAUCAAGAACAGGAAACUGUCUGUCACUGAAGCCGUAAAAGAGGGCCUGGUCGGCCCUGAGCUCCAUAAUAAACUGCUAUCUGCAGAGCGGGCAGCGACAGGAUUCAAAGAUCCGUUCACUGGUGACACAAUCUCCCUCUUCGAGGCCAUGAAAAAGGGACUGAUCGCUGAGGACCAGGCCACAAAGCUCCUCGAUGCUCAGCUGGCAACCGGCGGAAUAAUUGAUCCGGUCAACAGUCAUCGGGUGCCUCUACAAACUGCGGUCAAACAGGGUCAAUUAGAUGACGAGCUUAACAAAGUUCUAUCCAACCCGCCUGCAGACAAAAAGGGAUUCAUUGACCCCGACACAAAGGAAAGUGUCACUUACCAGCAGUUGCUGGAGAAAUGCAAACCAGACCCUGAAACCAACCUUCCUAUGCUGCCCAUUACAGAGAAAGCCGCACUGAGUGACGAGACGUACACAGACGAGGAGGCCAAAGACGUGCUCAGCAAGGCCAGCGUGACGGUUCCAUUUGGAAAAUUUAUGGGAAAGACUGUUACUAUCUGGGAAGUAAUCAACUCAGAGUACUUCACGCAGGACCAGAGAAGGGAUCUGAUUCGCCAGUACAAAAGUGGGAAAAUAACUGUCGAGAAGAUCAUCAAAAUUGUAAUCACAGUUGUAGAAGAUAAAGAGAAGAGCAAAGAACUGACCUUCGAAGGAAUCAGAUCCCCCGUGACAGCGUCAGAACUACUCGACUCAAAGGUAAUAAACAAAGACCUGUUUAACAAACUAAGCAACGGCAAAGCUCUAAUCAAGGACAUCUCUGAGAUGGACGCCGUGAAGAAAGCUCUGAAAGGUACAAACAGCGUUGCCGGGGUGCUCGUCGAGUCCACCAAGGAGAAACUGCCAAUCUACCAAGCCAUGAAGAAAGGUUUGAUCGGAACAGAGCCUGCGCUGAACAUGCUUGAGGCCCAGGCCGGAACUGGAUUUGUAAUCGACCCCGUCAAAAAUCAAAGGAUGACUGUGGACGAGGCUGUCAAGUCAGGUCUCGUUGGGCCAGAGCUCCAUGAGAAACUGCUGUCAGCUGAAAGAGCAGUGAGUGGGUACAAAGAUCCCUACACUGGAAAAACAGUGUCUCUGUUUGAAGCCAUGAACAAAGAUCUCAUCUCUAAAGACCAAGGCAUUCGACUUCUAGAGGCCCAGUUGGCUACCGGGGGCAUCAUUGAUCCAGUCAAGAGUUACCGGAUCCAACAGGAUGUGGCGUGCAAACGUGGCUAUUUCAGUGAGGAGCUGAACAGCUUGGGCAGCCCCUCUGACACAAGCAAAGUGUUCUACGAUCCCAACACCCAGGAGAAUGUUACAUACACACAACUUAAGGAGAAGUGCAUCACCGACAAACAGACAGGACUCCCAUUGCUGCCACUGUCAGACAAAGCCAUCAAGUCAAAAGAGGACCACAAGUACUCUGAGGUUCAGACAAAGGAUGCACUUAAUCAGGCCACUGUGGAACUGCAUAGUGGACCCUUCAAAGGAAGGAAAGUUACCAUCUGGGAGAUCAUCCAUUCAGAGUACCUCACUGAGGAGCAGAGAAUCGAGUUGAUCCGUCAGUACAGAAGUGGAAGUAUCACCAUUGAAAGAAUCAUCACGAUUGUGAUCACAACAAUUGACGAGAAUGAGACCACGAAAAAACAAGCCACUUUUGAGGGACUCAGAGGUCCGGUAAGUGCUAGCUCCCUGCUUGAGUCCAAAAUCAUUGAUAAGUCCAUGUACGACCAGCUCCAGCAAGGCAAAAAGAAACCCAAAGACAUUGGUGAUACUGAUGCAGUGAAAAAAUAUCUACAAGGUGGGGAUGGCAUUGGCGGCAUUCUCCUGGAGAAAUCUAAAGAGAAGAUUAGUGUUUACCAGGCAAUGAAGCAGAAAAUGUUGACUCCAAAUACAGGCCUGGCUCUCCUGGAGGCGCAAGCGGCCACUGGCUUUAUCAUCGACCCUGUGAAGAACCAGCAGUUCACCGUCGACGACGCCGUGAAGGCUGGCCUGGUUGGCCCUGAACUUCAUGAAAAACUUCUGCUAGCAGAAAAGUCAGUGACCGGCUAUAAAGACCCUUACACGGGUAGCAAGAUCUCCCUGUUGCAAGCUAUGCAGAAGCAGCUCGUUUUGCGAGAACAUGCCAUCCCACUGCUGGAAGCACAAGUGGCCACAGGGGGCGUCAUUGAUCCAGUGAACGGCCAUCGUGUCCCCAAUGACGUAGCCAUUCAGCGGGGCUAUCUCACAAAGCAGGUUGCCAAAUCGUUCGCCAGUCCAUCAGGUGAUAUCAUGGGCUUUACUGAUCCCAGCACAGGUGAAAGCGCCACUUACAAGCAACUGAAGGAGAAAUGCACGAAAGACCCAGACACAGGCGUGUAUCUCCUGCCUCUGGCUGAGGCCGAGGCACCCCCCAAGGAAGAGAAGUCCUAUGUGUACACUGAAGAGCAGGCUCAGACAGACCUGGCGACCACCACAGUUGAUAUCCCUCACGAAAGCUUUGCCGGAAAGGAGAUGUCCCUGUGGGAGGUCAUGCAAUCAAACUUGCUCCCCGCUGAGGAAAAACAAAGACUACUCGAACAGUACAGAACUGGAAAGAUAACUAAGGAGAGAAUGAUCAUAAUUGUCAUUGAGAUAAUUCAGCAAAGAGAGACUGUUAAGACAGAGCAGAGCAUGUCUUGUGAUGUCAUCAGGCGCAGGAUCACCAUCGAUGAGCUCUACAACGCUCGCAUCAUCAACCUGGAAACCUACAACUUGCUGAAAGCCGGCAAGAAAACCAUCCGUGAAGUUAUGGAGAUGUCUACCGUCAAGGGCUAUCUGUUCGGCACUGGCUGCAUCGCAGGCGUGAUCUCGGACACAUUCACCAAAGUCAGCAUUUAUCAAGCCAUGAAGAGGAACCUCAUCAAGCCUGACUUAGCCGUGAGUCUUCUGGAGGCACAAGCAGCCACCGGCUUCAUCAUCGACCCAGUGAAAGAUGAAAUGCUAACGGUCGACGAGGCUGUACGCAAAGGCCUGGUUGGCCCCGAAACACACGACAAACUCCUGUCUGCUGAGAGGGCCGUAACAGGCUACAAAGAUCCGUACAGUGGCAAGGUCAUCUCCCUUUACCAAGCAAUGAAGAAAGACUUAGUCCCUGAAGACUAUGCCUUAAAACUCUUGGAGGCUCAAGUCGCGACCGGUGGUGCCGUUGAUCCGGAGUACAGCUUCCACCUGCCAACUGAGGUGGCGACCCAGCGUGGCUACAUCAACAAAGAGAUGAUUGACAGGCUCUCAGGUCCAAAUACAGACGUGACCGAGUUUGUGGACCCGACCACCGAUGAGAAGAUGUCCUAUGCUCAGCUCCUGAAGCGCUGCAAAGUGGACAAAGACAGCGGCCUGCACUUGCUGUCUCUCGCCGAUAAAGGACUUCUCUUCAAGGGUCUCAGGAAGCAGAUCACCCUCGAUGAGCUGCUCCGCUCCAACAUCAUCGAUCAGAAGACUUACGAUGAGCUCAGCCAGGGGAUCAUCUCAGUCGAGGACAUCAGCAAAACCAUUCAGAAAUACCUAAUAGGCACCAGCUGCAUUGCAGGGGUUUAUGUAGAGGCUACCAAAGACCGCCUAUCGAUCUACCAGGCAAUGAAGAAGAACAUGAUCAGGCCAGGCACUGCCUUUGAGCUCCUUGAGGCACAAGCAGCAACAGGAUAUGUCAUCGACCCCAUCAAAAACCUAAGGCUGAACGUAAGUGAAGCUGUAAAAAUGGGGGUUGUAGGCUCAGAGUUUAAAGACAAGCUCCUCUCUGCAGAAAGAGCUGUGACUGGCUACAAGGAUCCGUACUCGGGCAAGGUCAUCUCUCUGUUCCAGGCCAUGAAGAAGGGCCUGAUCCUGAAGGACCACGGCAUCCGUCUCCUGGAGGCCCAGAUAGCCACGGGUGGAAUCAUCGACCCGGAGGAGUCUCACCGCCUGCCGGUGGAGAUGGCCUACAAACGAGGCCUGUUCGAUGAGGAGAUGAACGAGAUCCUCACCGACCCGUCUGACGACACCAAAGGCUUCUUCGACCCCAACACGGAGGAGAACCUGACCUACCUUCAGCUGAUGGAACGCUGCAUGACCGACCCCGAGACGGAACUCGUCCUCCUGCCCCUGAAAGAGAAGAAGCGCGAGAGGAAGACGUCCUCCAAGUCCUCCGUCCGCAAACGCAGAGUGGUGAUUGUGGAUCCUGAGACUGGCAAGGAGAUGUCUGUGUAUGAGGCGUACCGCAAAGGGCUUAUUGAUCACCAGACCUACCUGGAGCUUGCAGAGCAGGAGUGCGAGUGGGAGGAGAUCACCAUCUCCUCCUCGGACGGUGUUGUAAAGUCCAUGAUCAUCGACCGUAGAUCUGGACGCCAGUAUGACAUUGACGAUGCCAUCUCCAAAGGACUCAUAGACAAGUCGGCCUUGGAACAGUACCGAUCUGGCACGCUGUCAAUCACGGAGUUUGCUGACAUGCUUUCAGGGAACAUGAGCGGCUCCCGAUCACGCUCCUCCUCCUUUGGGUCCGCCUCUGGAUCCGCCUCGUCCUACUCCAGCCCGACUCCCUCGAUCAAAACGCCCGCAACCACCUGGAACGAUCCGACCGAGGAGACUGGCCCAGUUGCGGGAAUCCUAGACACGGACACCUUGGAAAAAGUGACCAUCACCGAAGCCAUGCAUCGGAAUCUGGUGGACAACAUCACCGGCCAACGGCUCCUGGAGGCCCAGGCUUGCACAGGUGGAAUCAUCGACCCAAACACCGGUGAGAGGUUCUCCGUCACUGAUGCGACAGAGAAAGGGCUUGUGGAUAAGAUCAUGGUCGACCGCAUAAGCCUGGCCCAGAAGGCUUACAACGGAUUCGAGGAUCCCAGAACCAAAACUAAAAUGUCUGCCGCACAAGCCUUAAAGAAGGGUUGGCUUUACUAUGAAGCUGGCCAGCGGUUCCUUGAAGUCCAGUACCUCACGGGGGGACUGAUUGAACCAGAUGUCCAGGGACGUGUAGCCAUUGACGAUGCCGUUAAGAAAGGCACACUUGAUUCACGGACUGCACAGAAACUACGGGAUGUCAGUGCUUACUCCAAAUACCUCAACUGUCCCAAGACAAAGUUGAAGAUCUCUUACAAGGAUGCCAUGGAGAGAAGCAUGAUCGAGGAAGGGACUGGCCUGCGUCUGCUGGAAGCCUCCUCCCAGUCAAGCAAAGGGCUGUACAGCCCCUACAGCGUCAGUGGAUCGGGCUCAGCCUCCGGUUCCCGACCGGGCUCACGAACCGGAUCGAGGCCCGGUUCUAGACGGGGGAGCUUUGAUGCAACUGGCUCCUCCGGUUUCUCCAUGGGCUUCUCGUCCACGUCAUACUCCUCCCCCAGCUUCGGUCGCCGUUACACGGCAGGAGAGCAUGGCGGCGGGCUGUGCGUGGACGAACUGAAGACAGCCCUGAAAGCACUGGCAUCAGGCAGGAACUGUUGCAUUGAGGAUGGGAUUACGUUCACUCUGCCCCCAAUGCAGUGCCCACUGGUUGCUUAGCAACCUAUGAGGAAACAAACUCAUUCAUUCAUUCUGCUCUGCAUGUGGUUGCUAUGGGGAUUUGCUUUUAUCUGUAUUAUUGGCUGAGUCUUUGUUGUUGAAUUUAAAAUUUAUUUUGAAGAUUAUUUCUUAUUUCUCUCAAGAUAACUUAAGCUCAUUUUGUUCUACUUUCUUCUUGUCUCAUCCAAAAUAUUUUUACUGUACAUUUUUAUUUGUAGAAUGGACUUCCAGCGUACAAGAACUUAAAUGUAAAUGCUGUUUCUAUUAUUGUACGCUUAAGUUGGUUAUAUUUAGUUCUUUUUAGAGGUUAACGUUUUGUUAACAUUUUCAGCCUGCAAAUUUCUUUAAAGAGGAAAGCUCAAGCCUACUGUCUGCAGAGCAGAAUUAAAAUAACCCAGAGCGCGCUAUGUAACACUGCCCAGAGAUUGGUUCAAGGAGCAAAGCUUUUAAAAUCCUCUGCCAAUCCAAGUCGAUGAUACCACGCCCACCAAUGACACCACCAUGAUACUCUACCGUACCCUCAGCCAAUCAUGCGAAACCAUCAGACGGCCAACCGUCAUCAAACAAUAUGACAAUUAUGGAUGACACACGUGGCUGCGGCCAACAGCCAAGUUCCCAGUUACUGCUGCUAGUAAAAGCUUUCUCAAGAGUGUCACUGAGGGCGCAGCGGAGAUGACAAGAUGCCUGCUGAUCGCCGUAAUCCAAAAACAUACCAUCUGUUCUCCAACUGUAACUUCAAGGAAGACUUCAAAGAGGCGCCAUCUGCUCCCAGCAUCUCUUGCAUUGCUUUAUUCUUUUGUGCCAAGAGGGACUAAAUGAUCAGAUGUUGUAACAAUCUCAUCAGCCCUGAUGUUUGACCUGAUCUCAGUCCUGUAGUGAGAUGAAUGAAUCUAUGGUGUCGCCUCCACCUGCAUCUCCUAAUCCAUUGAUGCUUUGAAGAUUUCCUGAUUUAACAGAUUAUUAAGUCUACAUUUCAAUUCAGUGUCUUGAUGCAGGCUUACAUAACACAUGUGUACUAUCAUUACCACAGGAGUUAUUAAUACAGUGUAUUACUAUAAUAUUGUCAGCAGUUUAAAUCACAUCAGUGUAAUAGUAUCAUAUCGUCUUAUUGUCAGCAGUAAUCACAGCAGUAACUGGCACCGGCUUUUCUUACUAGAUUGUUUUUUAUGUAAAAAAAAAAAAAGGACAAAAGGAAUUAGAGCACUUUGAGCCGUAGAUAAAACAAAAUGAAAACACUAAUUCUAGAUAGGCCUCCAUUUGAGCAUAAAUAUCCAUGAUUCAGUAUUUGUCCCAGCCUUUGUGUCUCAUCUGCACCCCCUGGUGGCCCUCCUGCAUAGCUACAGCACAACAGAGAGGAGAUUUGACCAAACAGAAAAAGAAGUUUGGAUUGCACAUGCCUUAGCAUAUUGGAGUCGUCACGACGACAAAACUCAACAAGGUCCUUCAUUUGUGUUAGAAAUAGAAAUAGGCAUAGAAAUAAGAUACUAAAGUUGUCACUUGAACCAAUGUCUGUGUUCUGCACCUCACCUUCGCUGUUUCCUUUCCUUUCCUUCCUCCAUCUGAGAAUUUCUGUUUCAAUUUCAAUUAUAUAUUUUCUUAUUAUAUAUAUAUUAUAAUAUUCUAUUUUUUGGCUUUGCAUGUUUUAAUAACAUAAUUUCAAGAGAUGCAAUAAAGCAGCUGUACCUGACUUUUUUUAAGUCCUUGCUAAGCUUCAUGUCUGUUGGGGGGGGGAGCUGUGGGAGGCAUGAGAUGAGUAGAACUAUAUUUAAAGGAGGAAGUUAUGUCCUAAUGUAAAUAAACUAAGGGUAUAUACUGUA